CUUUUUCAGACCCUCCAUGUCGGUGGUCACUCUGUGAUCAUACUUGGAGAACAAAGGUUGUUCCCGUUAGUGUUGUGCGUGUUGGUCUUCGACUCUUCAGGUGAUAAUGGAGGAAGAAGCAGCCAUGUCAUCAGACAACUCUUCCAUUGGGGAGGCRGUGUCUGGUAGAGGAGUGGGUGACUAUGUUGAGGAAGAGAAUCUUUUUUACAUCCCUGAGAGAAGGCCGUCUCUUGACCUGGGAACGACCCCAAUUGACACCAGCCAAUGGCAUUUUGUGGAACAAGCUUUGCCUCCAGCUCAGAGUUACAGGUCAAUGUCCAGUGAAGGGGACCGGGACGAAAUGCUAGAUGAUGAUGAACCCUCCACAAAGGUUGAGCUGCAGAGAGCAGAUUCAUAYUCCAGCUGCUACUCAUUCGACAGYGACGACUGUGAAAAGAAAACUCUCAAAGUUAAGGACAGAGACGAAGAAACCGAGCCUGAGAAGCUGAAAUUAAUCCAAGAGCCAGAUGAGAUCAAGCAUCCAUCUUUGACUGUGAAAUUCACUUUCCAGGCUAUAUGUGAAACUCUGAAAAAGCUGUCRAAGGUCGAAUUCAGGGCGUUCAAGGGGAUGCUGUGGACUUAYUACCCGCAGCAUUUCAGCUCCUCCCACAGCAUGGAUCAAGUGGAYCUGGUAGACCGACUGCUUGAGUGCUUCAGCCUUGAAGUUUCUGUGCAGAUCACCAAAACUAUUCUCGCCAAGAUGAAUAAUAAGAAGGAGGUUGACCAUCUCCAGGACAUGUGCACCAGAAAUGCGGUACGUUAUGAAUUAAGUCAAACUCUGAGAGAGAAAUAUGGUAAAAUAUAUGAAGGUUUCUCCAUGACGGAACAGAAAAUGCCCUUUGAUGACGUCUACACGGAUCUCCACAUUUUAUCAGUGGGUGAUAAUGGCCCAAAUAUCGAGCAUGAGAUUAUGAGCAUAGAAAAACUGAAAAGCAGGCAGAAACAGGGGGCGAAGAUAACUAGCGCGGACAUUUUAUCUUCUGAGAGCGUGGAGGAAUCGUACAUAAAACUGACGCUGCUCACUGGAGUGGCAGGAUCGGGGAAGUCCAUGCUGGUCAGGAAGAUAGUCCUGGACUGGGUCGAGGAGCGCUCUCACAAGGACUUGUCCUUCGUGUUUCCCGUGUCAUUCAGAGAGCUCAAACAGUUUGAGAGCUCAAAGAUUUCUCUGGUGGAAAUCAUACACACUCUCUAUCCAGAAACAAAGAAGUUAAACGAUGAAGAUUUUAAAUGCUACGACUGCCAAAUGAUGUUCAUCUUUGAUGGUUUAGAUGAGUACAACGGCAACAUUGACUUUUCAAGUGUAGAGAUCCAUUCUGACCCCCAAGACUCUGCAUCCCUGAACGCCAUCGUGGUUAACCUCCUCCGAGGUCGGCUGCUCCACCACCCCUUGUUGUUGUUCACGUCCCGGCCACUGGUCAAGCCCUGCAUCCCGUGGGACACGCACUACAAUGUGAUAGAAGUGCAAGGUUUCUGUGACCCCGAGAAGGACGAGUUCUUCAGGAAGAGGUUUAAAGACCCAAAUGAAGCGGCUCRAGUUAUUGAGUACGUCAAGUCUUCCAAAACCCUCUACAUCAUGUGCCACCUCCCCCUGUUCUGCUCGUUGGUGGCUGACGAGUGGCAGAGCGUUUUUACAGAGAAGGGAGCCCAGUCAGAACCACCCAGAAGCAUCACCUACAUGUACACAAAGCUGCUGCUCGCGCUCCGGCAUCUUCGGCAAUUUCGAAGUCCGGCUCUCAAACCAGAUGAAGAAAAGGAGUUUCUCAUGAAACUAGGAAGCCAGGCCUUGACCAUGCUGGAACAAGGCAAGUUCCAGAUCCUCAAGACAGAGUGGCCAGAAAUUAAUGAUUCAGAAGCAGUGGUUCUGAGUGGCCUCUGCACAGAAUAUGUCGUUUCGCCGGUCGUGUUGUACUACGAGAAGGUCGUGGGUUUUAUCCACCCCACCUUGCAGGAGUACUUGGCUGCUCUUUACGCUUUCCUCACCUUCAGAAACCAGGACAAGAACGUUUUAGAUCAGGUGAAAACCAAAUUCAGGAUCUUUAAAGGACACAAAAUCAUGGACCUGCAUAAGGCCGCUGUGGACAGAAGCCUGCAACAUGAUGACGGCCGGCUGGACCUUUUUGUACGCUUCUUGUUUGGGAUGACUCACAAAACCAACCAAGAACUGCUUCGGCCUUUUUCCAAGUCUUCUGCCAAGGUGGAAAACUUGACCGAAGAUGCUGCUUCUCUCMUCAGAAAGAGGAUGAAGGACAAUCUGAAUCCUAACAGGAGCAGCAACUUGCAGCGAUGCCUGGAAGAGUUGGGUGUGUGAGACUCCUGACUUGUUUUAAAUACGUCUUGCUGUGUAAGACGACAAACUCGUGUACGGACAAGUAAUGCAGAGAAUCUCUGAGAUUGGAGUUUAUCCAUGUGUGGUCAAGGAAGAACUGAAUUAACACUAAACGGACACGAUGUGAWUCAAAAACUAGCUCAGACUGAUGAUGGUGUGAUAACUGAGGGAGAAGGUAUAAAAAGGUAUUUAAAUCUUAAGAAUAUAAUUCUUAAUGGGAAAAUUUGUUGGUCUUGUUAAAACAGCUUUUUACAACUGUGGUACGCCUUGAAUCUAGUAAUUGGUCCUGGCCAAAAAAAAAAAAAAAAAAAGACAAUAUGACAAACAUGUCCCAUAAUAUUACACAAUAUUGCAACUCUACAAUAAUUCUUACAUUUCCAUUUUGAAAAAAAAUAAAAUAAAAUCUGCCUAAUUAUAAAAA